AUGCGGCGAAUGCGGGGCGUGGGCCUGUGGGUGGCCCUGGUGCUGGCAGCAGCAGCGUGGCGGCCGUGCUGCGGGUCCAGCAAGCCGCUGCAGCAGCAGCAGGGAAAGCUGCAAAGUGCAGCGGAACCGAGACGGCGGUACUCCCCCCCCCCCCUCUCGGAGCCGCGGCGCAGAGCUGCGCUGCAACUCUUCGAAAAGGUGCAUCCCAUGUUGACAAUUCACUACAACGGAUUCUCUCACCGUGGAAGUCUGGUGUGCUACGACAUGUUGAACGAGCUGCGCACGGUGGAGGAGGCGCGGGCGGUGAUGGACGUGGAGUUCCACUUGCUGGAUCUGAUGCUGGAGAAGUACAAAGUGAAGAAACACAUGCGCAUUGUGGACGCGAACAUAGUGAAGAACAUGCUCGGGAUCCAGAGCCUGUUCUCGUUCAGGUUUCCCGAAGUCAUUUCCAAAGUCACCCGCUUCAUCAAAGACUACGACCCCAUCCUCCGGGUCUUCCUGCAGCGCUACUUGCCCCACAUUGAACUCCUCGUAAUUGUUAAUGUUCCUUCUUUCCUCGCGCCCAUUCUUCCCUCCAUUGCUUCCCGCAUAAUGGGCAUUCCUUCCAGCAAGAUCGCAGCCAUUGCCAAGGGCAGCCAGCUCACGCGCUUCAUGGACGCGAAGUACGUGCCGCGGGAGUUCGGAAACCCUGCGGGACUCAGCGUCAAACACAACGAAGAGAACUUGACGGCUUCCUGCCUCAUGCUGCGGGAAAUAAAAACGCAUUUGGGCGAGGCUGCGCUAACGGAGGACGGCAAGGCGCUGCUGGCGCAGCACGGGCCGCGGCUGCUGGGCAUGGACCCAGCAGCAGCAGCAGCAUCGCCCGCGACGACGUCGACUGCAGCAGCAGCUAAGCCGCCGAAGCAAGAGGAGGCCCCCACGCAUUUUUCAGUUCAGGUGGAAGAGUCUUCUUCUGCUGCGCAGCAGCAAACGAGCUACGAAGAAAGCGGCAACUUUGACGACAUCGACUGA